CGGCAUAUGAAUUAUUUUUAUGGAUGUGAAUAUAAAUUUUGAGAUUGUCAAAAAUCAAAUGCCCGAAAACGGCAACAAAGCCAACAACGCCAUGUCUCUUUCUGUAAUGUUUAGUGCAUACCCGAAUUGAGAUAGAAAUUUCUUUAUUAAAUAAUACUAAACAUCAAAGAAAUUAAGCACAUUCGACAGGAGUAUUGCAAGUUUAAUAAGCUUCGAUGGACUCCGAAGAUUCCCACGAGGCUUCCUCGGGAAGCGAAUGCGGAGAUUACAAGCCGAACAACGAGCCCGCCGGAGUUUCUCACAGAUCUCGAUCAUCUUCGAGAUCCUCUUCGCCCGCCAGCAGGCCCCGUUCGCCGUCUUCGAGAAGCUCCAACGACAGCAGGCCUCCGUCUCCAGCGCAGGAAACCAAGCCCCAGGACGCGCCUGUCCACAGCAGAAGUCCCUCGCCGGAUUCCGCAUCCAGCAAAAGUAGAUCUCCGGAAUUGAAAAGCAAGAUUCCCACCUCGGCUAGAUCACCGGGAGUCGAUUCCGGACAAACUAGAGUAAGAGGCAGAUCAUCCAGUUCGAAUGGUUCAUCCUCGGACGAGGAAAGACAGAAAUCGCCGGCCAACAGACCGAGCUCCCCGAGUCCUGUGAAGCAAAUGGACCAACCGAGAUCCCCAUCGCCCCAGAGCUCCUCAUCGAGCAGCUCGUUGGGAUCGCCAUCGAGGAACUCGAAUCAGAAGAGAGAGGACAAAAGCGACAGCAGCGCCAGCAGGGAGUCGAGGCGAUCGGCCUUUUCGAGGACUUCGAAGGGAUCCAGAGGGGCCAGGAGGAAGGCGAGAAAGGGCAGCGCCGAUUCGGAUACCAGCUACAGUAGCGUGGAUUCGUCGAGUAGGAGAAACAAGGCUGUGGAUACCCAACCGGAGGAGAUAUCCGAUGGAGAUAUAGAAUCCGAUCACGAAAAAGAAGAAGCUUCUACCAAAGUCGAACCGGCUGCGGUGAGACGCGACAUAAACAUAUCCCACGAAGAUCUAUCGGACGUGUCCGAUUUGGAGGAUUCCAUGGGAGGUAAUUCGGAUUCGAGCCCGAAGCGUACGGAUGUGGAAAAUUCGCCGUUCAAAAACGACCGACCUUCCUCGCCCGAUCAAAAGAAGAGUAUGGAGAAACAAACGCGGCCGGAAGAAGGCGAAGAACAGUUGGAUUUCGAAGCGGAAGACGGCGAAUGCGACGUCGAAAUGAACGUCAAAGACAAAGAAGAACUCGACGAUUCGUCCAAAUUGGACGACAACGAAAAGACUGACGACAAUAGCAAGAAAGAAAAGGAGGAAUUGGAGGAAGGCGAAGUAACGGACGAGGACGACGCCAGACCGGAGGAAACGGAACCGCGACCGGUCUGCCGGUUCUUCUCCAGAGGACAAUGCACUUGGGGAGCCAGCUGUAGGUUCCUCCAUCCGGGCGUUACAGACAAAGGUAAUUAUACGAUGUUCGAGAUGAUCCGACCGGUGGUACCCGGCGAAUUCCGCGACGAACGGAGCUACGCCAAAGUCGACGCGCCGAUGGUGGAAUCCGCCUGGGAGCGGGGCCUGCGCACGGCCAAAGAGAUGCUCAGGAAAUCGAUCAAGCGAAAGGAGCAGGACAUCGAUUUCGAAGAGAAGAAAAUGAACUUGAGCUUGGCUCAGGAGGAAUUCGACAAGGAGAACGGCUACUACGGUAGGGUGGCGUCGCCGGAGCCGCGCUACGUCAGGCACGUCGAGUAUCCCGUAUCGAGACCGCCCGAGGAAUAUUACAAUCGCCGGCAGGUGAUGUACGAGCCCGAGUACGCGCCGCCGCCGCCGCCGAGGGAGCGCGUGCGCAGCUACAGGGAGCUGCCGUCGCACCGAAUGCCCGAUUAUUACAACAGCAAAUACGAAGAGGAGCCGCCCCAGCAACAUACCAGCGCCGGCAAACCGCGCGGACCUAAACCUAAACGAGAGGUUAUCGUGCAACGCGUAGAAAGCGAACGGCAGGCGGGUAGAGGUGACGAAUGGUCGGAUCCUUGGAUGCGUUCGAAGGAAACCGGCAGAAGGAAAGACAGCACCAGCGGCAGGAGGCGUUCGUACAGUUCGGGUUCGUCCUAUUCAUCGAGCAGUUCGUCGCGGAGCUCGUCGGACUCGAGCAAAAGUUCGUACAGAUCGAGGUCGAGAUCGGUGCGUCGGCAGAGAUCGAGAUCGCACAAAGGAAAGCCCGUAUCGCCUUCGGUUAUCGUAUCGGAGAGGAAAGCCGCCAACGAACGGGCGGCUUUGAUGAAUCCGCCGGCGCCGAAAAGAAGAGCGCCGUCUCCCGGUAUGAUGAGGGUUAGCGCCGCCGCCAACCCGCCCGCUCCUUCUCGCGAAGAUCACUUCGGUAGGAACAGAGGUAAACUGGCCGUGGCGGCGGCUCUGUCUCGAAUUAAUCGACGCAAAUCGUCCAAAUCGUCGUCGGGUAGCUCGGGUUCGAGUUCCAGCGAAUCGGAUUCAUCGGACUCCAGUAGCUCCAGCAGCAGGGAUAACAGUCCGCUCGUUCGAAGUCCUGCUGUGGAUUUGGUGAAAGCCAUGGACGCGCUGAAAGGCAACUCGGCGGAGAAGAAGCAGAUUAAAUUGAACCUGAAGAAUCCGGUGGGUGCGAAGAAGGCGGACGCCGGCGAAUACAGGAAGGUGGAUUCGGCGCAGGCGAAGAAGAGGCCGGCGAAUUCGCCGCCGGCUGGGGAUCCUAAGUCGAAGAAGGCGACCUCGAGACGCGAGGAGUUGCUGAAGCAAUUGAAGGCCGUCGAAGACGCUAUCGCUAAGAAAAGGUCGAAGAUUAAUUAAUUUUUUUUUAUUUUUCGUGGUUUCUUUUUCUGUUUUUUUUGUAUAACCGAUUUAUGUUUACUUACUAAGUAAUAAGAAGUAAAAUAGUUCAUUCUCUGUAUAUAUACAUAAGCGCAUGAUUUUUUUUAUUACAAUUCUUGUAUUUCGAGGAAAAGUGGUUUAUAUUUUAUUUUUUCGUUAAAAUUCGACGUUCUAAUAAAAUAUUAUGUUUAGAUUGAUAUUAGGACCUAAUGAAUAAUUUUGCGCCAAACGGAGGAGAAUGCAACAUCGGAAUAUUUGUAUAAAAAAAAUUCGUUUAAUUAAUUAACAAAUAUAAA